AGGUAUUGGCCGCCGCGGCCGUUGGCUGCAGCGCGAGGGCGGGACGGGCCGCGGGCCGUUGGGAGCCUGAGGGGCCGCACCCGAGUCUUGGGCUAAGGUUUGGCCCGGCCGCCCGGCGCUCUUUGUUCCCGCGGCGGCGAGGAGGCGCGGUCUCAGCUUGGGGAGCCGCCGGCCCGCUGCCCGGCAGAUGGUCUCGCUGUCUCGCUUCCUCGCUCCCUCCCUUUUUGUCGAGACGCAGGUGAAAUGAUGUCACCCAGGAGAACGCGGAACUCGGUCGAAAGGGUCGUCUCUGGCGUCCAUCUACUUCCGUGGGUUUCUGGACAGGCUGCGUUUUGUUCUCAGGGGAUGAAAGUUCUUUCAGGGCUGAAGCGUGAGAGAGGUUGGUUUUUGAAACGGGAGUAUUUCAGGUUAUUGAGGUCCAAAAAAAAAAUAAAGUUUUCGUUUACGUUUGUAUGGAUUGUAAGAUAUCUCCCGGGGCCAAUUCAGCAUCUCUACCUGGCCAUCCUAACAAGGUGAUUUGUGAAAGGGUGAGACUUCAGAGCCUGUUCCCUCUCCUCCCAAGUGAUCAGAACACUACCGUUCAAGAGGAUGCUCACUUCAAAGCUUUCUUCCAGAGUGAAGAUAGUCCAAGUCCCAAGAGACAGCGCCUCUCUCAUUCAGUCUUUGAUUAUACAUCAGCAUCACCAGCUCCCUCACCACCAAUGCGACCAUGGGAGAUGACAUCAAAUAGGCAGCCCCCUUCAGUUCGACCAAGCCAACAUCACUUCUCAGGGGAACGAUGCAACACACCUGCACGCAACAGAAGAAGUCCUCCUGUCAGGCGCCAGAGAGGAAGAAGGGAUCGUCUGUCUCGACAUAAUUCCAUUAGUCAAGAUGAAAACUAUCACCAUCUCCCUUAUGCACAGCAGCAAGCAAUAGAGGAGCCUCGAGCCUUCCACCCUCCGAAUGUAUCUCCCCGUCUGUUACAUCCUGCUGCUCAUCCACCCCAGCAGAAUGCAGUCAUGGUUGACAUACAUGAUCAGCUCCAUCAAGGAACAGUCCCUGUUUCUUACACAGUAACAACAGUGGCACCACAUGGGAUUCCACUCUGCACAGGCCAGCACAUCCCUGCUUGUAGUACACAGCAGGUCCCAGGAUGCUCUGUGGUUUUCAGCGGACAGCACCUCCCUGUCUGUAGUGUGCCUCCUCCAAUGCUUCAGGCAUGUUCAGUUCAGCACUUACCAGUACCAUAUGCUGCAUUCCCACCCCUUAUUUCUAGUGAUCCAUUUCUUAUACAUCCUCCUCACCUUUCUCCCCAUCAUCCUCCUCAUUUGCCACCACCAGGCCAGUUUGUCCCUUUCCAAACACAGCAAUCACGAUCGCCUCUGCAAAGGAUAGAAAAUGAAGUGGAACUCUUAGGAGAACAUCUUCCAGUAGGAGGUUUUACUUACCCUCCAUCAGCCCACCCCCCAACAUUACCUCCAUCAGCUCCUUUGCAGUUCUUAACACAUGAUCCUUUGCAUCAGGAGGUGUCCUUUGGAGUACCUUAUCCUCCAUUUAUGCCUCGGAGGCUCACAGGACGUAGUAGAUACCGAUCCCAGCAGCCAAUACCACCUCCCCCUUAUCAUCCCAGCUUACUGCCAUAUGUGUUAUCAAUGCUUCCAGUGCCACCUGCAGUGGGCCCAACUUUCAGCUUUGAAUUAGAUGUAGAAGAUGGAGAAGUAGAAAAUUACGAGGCCCUGUUAAACCUGGCAGAGCGACUGGGAGAGGCAAAGCCUCGUGGACUGACUAAAGCAGAUAUUGAACAACUUCCUUCUUAUCGGUUCAAUCCUAACAACCACCAGUCAGAACAGACUUUGUGUGUAGUAUGCAUGUGUGAUUUUGAGUCAAGGCAGCUACUUAGAGUCUUACCCUGUAACCACGAGUUCCAUGCCAAGUGUGUUGACAAAUGGCUUAAGGCAAAUCGUACUUGCCCAAUUUGCCGAGCUGAUGCUUCAGAAGUGCAUCGGGAUUCAGAAUGACCAACCUAAGAAGCACAAAUUUAGUUUGGGUGUUCCUCAUCACAUGUAUAUACGGACUAUCCAUUGAACUUAAUCUGUGUGGCUUCCAGCCCUCCCUUUACCAAAAGGGUCAAUGGACCUUUCUUUGCACUGUGUGACUUAAUCAACUAUAAAAGCUUACAAUUAGUCUUCACAGUUAUGGGAUUGUUAUACUAACCGUGUGAUUGGAACUCCAAAGACUUCUUCUUUAGCUUAAUUUUGUGUGUGCACUAACAUUCCCUGGUUUUUGUGUGAUCAUUCCGAGUGUUGCUGCAAGAUUACAGUGGACGUGAUCUUUUAGCAUGUGCUUUUAUAAAAAGUGGUAGCUACAGAUGAUAUAGCAAUCUACCUUAUAUAGAGCCUUCAGAAACUGUGAGUGGAAAUGAAUGCAGCGUAUGACUGUUGGUGAUAAGUGUAUCUGUGUGAGAGUGUGCACAACUACUUGUGAGAGGGCAUGGUAGCUAACGUGUGUAUGAGAUCCUAUAUACCAGCAUGUACCAAGAAUGUGUGUGUAGUUUUAAUUAUGCUGCAAUGUAUAAUCUGGUGUGUUAUUUAAACAGCACUAGUACUGUACACUGGUUUUUUUCCCCUUGUGUUUGCUGUUGCACACUGAUUGCUGAGGGUGCAUCAAUUACAAGCAUUGAAUACUCCAUCCCCUUCCCUCCCAAUGAAUGGAAUGAGAAAAGCCUUCUUCCUUUGCUUCAGGCAGCUGUCACCUUCUCUUUAUUGGUGGUCCUAAGUAGGUCACUUAAGGAAAAAAAAAAGUGUAACAAAAUUCUCACUCCAUGAACCUAAUUUUUUUGAUUCUGUUGUGGAAAUUUUAAAAUCUCCAACUUGCUGUUUCCAAAAAGAAGGUGCAAUAUCAUACAUUAUCAGUUAGCAAUAUUAGCAUUUCAAUCAAUCAAUGAUUUGAAUGUUGAUACUUUUUUUCCUUUACAUUUCCAGUUUCUUACAGAAAGUACCUGUGAUUUUUUUUUAAUGUUUAGAUUUGUAGUCUAUUCUGAAGAUAUUUGAUUAAUAUAUUUCUAAGAAGACCACUAGUUCCAUGAAGUCUCACCUCGUUGACUUCCACCAGAACAAAAUCUGUUAAUUCAGCUUGACUUCUGAUAUGUAUUCUGUGUUCAAGCUCCUGUGGGCAACUAAAUUGUUUUAAGAAAGCUAUAUUUCUGUCCAUAUUAAUUCACUUGCCAGACUCCAGUUCUGAAAGUUGUCUAGUUCUUCCUUCAUCACAUGUGCUUCUCAUCGAAACCCCUGUUUCAGGAUGGAUCAAGUGCUGUUACAGCUCAUGUUCCUUAGACCUGAUUUGUUUUGAUGUUUUAUCGCUUUUCCUUUUAAUAUUUGUUUGAAUGAGAAAAGUUUAAUACAACAGGUGUCCAGAAUACUUGCAGUAUAAAUGAAGAUUUGAUUUUUGUAUAAAAAAUAAUGCUGUUAAACAGGAAUUGACCUUCAUUUAGUUGAUCUAACACAUAGCUGUGUGGGGUUUUUUUUAGUAGGUUCUUUGAGCAUAAUUCAGAUUGUUUAAAGUCAUUUUUCCAGCAGUGUUUAAAUUACUUUCUCAUUCUUUUAGUGUCUUCAACAUUGUCUGCCUCUUCCUGCAGUUGAUGUAAUUGCUUUGUUUGCAAUAGCACAAGCUGCAUUAUUCCAGUCAGGACUGUGAUAACUUGCUGCCAGCCCCACUCAACUUUCAGUUGGUUCUGUGUCAGUUUUCCACUCAGUGUUAACUACUUGUUACUGCCAUGCUGCUUGCCCUCCCUUGAAGUGUCUAUAAGCUCAUCACAGCCUAAAGUUAAGUAAAGUCAAUUCACAGAAGCACAAUUUUGCCCUUUUUGAGACACUGUUGCCUCUAUCUAGUCGUACACGUAGGGUUUUGCACACUCUGUUUGCCCUUAGGUUGUCAGUGCAUCAGAAAUACAUCUAAACAGUGGUAAAAAUGCACAUGUUACUUUUAAGUCAUUAGGAUAUCCCUCACCUGUUCCUGAUGAAUAAAAAGUGUGUUAAAGACCAAAAUUCUUGGCAUAAUAAUCAGCUACAUACAAAUCACGUAUAGUUUAAUCUUUUUUUAAAGAAAAAAAAAUCAUGUUUAAAAUGGCAAAAGCCCAUCUUAUACACUUUUAUAUAGCUGCAAAAAAUUUAUAUCUGUACAGAUCUAACAUAACACUACUACACUCAGUAUUCAUUUUAUUGAAGCAUGCAAGUAAAGCACUUUUUCUAAUUUAUAUAGAGAUACCUAAUUAACACGGCACAUUGUACUAAUGACUAGGAGUAGCAGCUUUUUCUUCCCUCCCUCUAUGAAUUCUUAUAAUGUCCCUUUUUCUGUAAAUUUUUGAGAGGCAGUUGGCAAUUUCGGAGGCAGCAGGGUCUGUUUUGGUAAAGUCUUGAAUUUCGUUGUUGCACUCUUGUGACUGAUCUCUCUGUGGGAAUGUCUUUUCUUUGCAUGGGGCUCAUUAGAGAUGUGUGCAGACUUGCUUAUUGUGGUUAGUGUGUAUCAGGAAUACACACACACACACACACACACACACACACGUAUUCUGACCAGCUCAGGCUUGCCACAGUGAGCAGCUUUGUGGCUAGCAAAAGAGAACAGUUUAUUUGUGCCCAGCCAUUGUCACCUUGGGUGAUGCACCAGAUAGCAGGCAGAUGUUGGUUCAUGGCCUUCGUCCUCUUUCCUCCUAAAAUAAUAUUGGCUUUACCAUCUUAACUCAGCUGUGGGUUUUUUGUGGGUUCUUGCUUGUUUUUUGGCAUGAAUUGUCAUCUUUGGUGUUUUUUUUUUUUUAACCCCCACCCCUCAAAAAAGUAAGGCCUCCAGGUAUCAAGAUCUCAUAUUAGGAUUUUCUGUCCUUAACUUUUUGAGCAAAAUCUGGAAAAUGUGAAAGCAUAUUUAGAUUUUAUAUACUAUCUGAAAUGUGAUUUGUUAAGAUUCUUAAAUUUGGGCCUCUUAGAAUAAUUUUGAAUGAGAUCUACUGACUCACUUGUGAGAAUAUUUUUCGCAGAUAUCUUUCGGCCUUUUCAUUAGAAAGCUGUUUGUCCCCCUGUUGGUACAUUUGGUUACCUCAUUUUGCCGUUUGUUUCCGAUUGUGAAAGCUCACAGGGGUGUUUUUCGGAAUCAUUUGCUGAGUCAUUUUCUCAAAUCAUAUUCCAUUGUAUCAGUUAACAUAUAGUUUUAAAUGUAUGUAUUAUAAAUAUCUGUAACCAAAUCAUUUGAAGGCUUGAUAAAUUUUUAACAAAGUUUGUACAUUUUUUAUGAAAGUUACUAGUAAUGCUUUACUAAGUAGUGCAAUGAAUUUUUAUUUUUAAUCCCUGUGCCCAAUUUUGGAGUUGAGAGGGUUGUUGGUAAUAAAUGUAUGAUGUACACUUAAAACA